CCUGCGGUGCCGACCGUGGCACACGCUGACCAUGGCGGAGCUGACUCUGUUACCGCUGACUUUUGAGGACAUAGCCAUUUAUUUCUCAAAGCGGGAAUGGCAGCUUCUGCAGACAUGGCAGAAGAAGCUCUACAAGCAUGUCAUGAGAACCAAUUACGAGACUCUCGUCUCACUAGAUGGUGAUCUUUCUAAACCGGAGCUAAUACUCUGGAUUGAACAUGGGAGAGAGCCCUUUGGGAGCUGGAAAGAAUCCCAGAAGCUAGAAAAUUUGAAAGAUUCCUCUGCUGAGGCACAUUUUGGUCCAGUGACAGAGCAACAGCUGUUGGGUGAUCCUUUGCAGGGCCACGGCUCCUCUGGACACUUAUUAGGAGGAAGGGAAGAUGUUUCCUUCAGGCCUGAGCAAGGCCUCAGCCUCGUGACCCCACAGAGACCUGACACCCUGGCUCCAAGUGCAGCAGCCCAUGGCUCUAGGGUGUCUGUAGCAGAAGGGGGAAUUCCAAGUGACAGAGCCAUGGGCCUCCUCUCUUGGCAGGGUCCUUCGCUUCCUCGCCCGGCCUGUGGAGAGAGCUUUGCCAAGAAAAACCAUUUAGGGAUGCACCCAGAGGGGCACUCCAAGGACCUUGCAAGUUGGGCUGGGAGGACACCCGCCAGCCAAGCCGACCUGGCCAGGGCCCCCUCGAUAGGGGAGCCAAGGAAUGUCUCCUUCAGCACGUGCAGCACGCACUUGGGGCACACCGGGCAGCAGUCCAAAGACCCGCUGCCCUUCCACUGUGCCCAGUGUGAAGCGCGAUUCAGCCUGCGGAUCCAGGUGCACGUCCACCAGCGCAAGCACAGAGACCCCAGGCGCUUCCCCUGCAGCGAGUGCAGCCUCGCCUUCCCCCAUCGGUGCCGGCUCCAGGAGCACCAGCGCCUGCACAGCGGGGAGAGGCCCUUCCAGUGCCCCAAGUGCCCUAAGAGCUUCUGCCGCAAGGGCACCCUGCAGAAUCACCAGCUCACGCACAGCGCCCAGAAGCCCUUCCAGUGCCCACAGUGCCCCAAGAGCUUCCGCCUCAAGGGAUCCCUGCGGCAGCACAAGCUCACCCACAGCGCCCAGAAGCCCUUCCAGUGCCCGCAGUGCCCCACGAGCUUCCGCCGCAAGGGCACCCUGCGAGAUCACCAGCUCACCCACAGCACCCAGAAGCCCUUCCAGUGCCCGCAGUGCCCCACGAGCUUCCGCCGCAAGGGCGCCUUGCGGCAGCACCAGCUCACCCACAGCACCCAGAAGCCCUUCCCCUGUGGACAGUGCGGCAAGAGCUUCAUCAAGCGGGCCUUGCUGACCGAGCACCUGCGCCUACACAGCGGGGAGAGGCCCUUCCAGUGCCCCAAGUGCCCUAAGAGCUUCUGCCGCAAGGGCACUCUAGAGGAGCACCAGCUCACCCACAGCGCCCAGAAGCCCUUCCAGUGCCUGCAGUGCCCCAAGAGCUUCCGCCUCAAGGGCUCCCUGCGGCAGCACCAGCUCACCCACAGUGCCCAGAAGCCCUUCCAGUGCCCACAGUGCCCCAAGAGCUUCCGCCACAAGGGCACCCUGCGAGAUCACGAGCUCACCCACAGCACCCAGAAGCCCUUCCAGUGCCCGCAGUGCUCCACGAGCUUCCGCCGCAAGUGCACCCUGCGAGAUCACGAGCUCACCCACAGCACCCAGAAGCCCUUCCAGUGCCCACAGUGCCCCAUGAGCUUCCGCCGCAAGGGCACCCUGCGGCAGCACCAGCUCACCCACAGUACCCAGAAGCCCUUCCCCUGUGGACAAUGCAGCAAGAGCUUCAUCAAGAGGGCCUUGCUGACCGAGCACCUGCGCCUACACAGCGGGGAGAAGCCCUUCCAGUGCCCCAAGUGCCCUAAGAGCUUCUGCCGCAAGGGCACCCUGCAGAAUCACCAGCUCACCCACAGCGCCCAGAAGCCCUUCCAGUGCCCACAGUGCCCCAAGAGCUUCCGCCUCAAGGGCACCCUACGAAAUCACGAGCUCACCCACAACACCCAGAAGCCCUUCCAGUGCCCACAGUGCCCCAAGAGCUUCCACCGCAAGGGCACCCUGCGAGAGCACGAGCUCACCCACAGCACCCAGAAGCCCUUCCAGUGCCCGCAAUGCCCCAAGAGCUUCCGCCAAAAAGGCGUACUGCGGAAGCACCAGCACAUGCACAGUACCCAGAAGCCCUUCCAGUGCCCGCAAUGCCCCAAGAGCUUCCGCCAAAAAGACGUACUGCGGAAGCACCAGCACACACACAGCGCCCAGAAGCCCUUCCAGUGCCCCAAGUGCCCCAUGAGCUUCUGCUUCAAGUACAUCCUGAGGGACCACCUGCCCCUACACAGCGGGGAGAAGCCCUUCCAGUGCCCCAAGUGCCCCAAGAGCUUCCACCACAAGGACUCCCUGCGGGCGCACCACCUCACACACAGCGCCCAGAAGCCCUUCCCCUGCAGCCAGUGCAGCAAGAGCUUCACACGGCAGGCCCACCUCACCAGGCACCUAGGUCGGCACAGCGCGAGAGGCAUGUGCAGUGUUCCAUCUGCAGGAAGAGCUUCGAGGCCAGGCUGACAUGAAGACAUACCAGCUGCUGCACGGACGGGAGAUGCCGUUCUCCUGCAAGUGCGGCAAGGGCUUCGCCAAGCGCUUCACGCUGGUGGAACACAUCAGGACUCACAUCGGCGAGAAGCCUUUCCAGUGUCCCAAGUGCAACAAGGCUUUUCGCUUGAAGACACAGCUGGUCGGCCACCAGCAGGUACACACUGGGGAGAGCCCUCAGUCCAAACUCACUGCCCAUGUCAGAGUGCACACAAAACCCUGUCCUUCUCCGAGGGACCCUAAGCCUGAUCCUGAAAUUAAGAAAGGCUGAGCCUGCUAUUUACAAUGAUAGAAGCCGACUGGAGCUGAGGCAGGUGCACAGGCAACACAGCCAGUGAGUGAAUGAACGAGAUGCCCCUGGUUCCUCAGAAAUGGCCCAAACCCACAAGAAGCGAGAUGGGGAGAACGCAGGGGGCUGCUUUAAGCAAGCAUGUGACACAGAUUAGGAACUGGAGCAAAGCUAACAGAUUUUUCUCCUUUGAAAUCACUGGCUACAUUUGCAAUCUAUUAAUAAAAGAGAUUUGUUCUGCC